AAAAUAACGUCAUAUUGGUCGGCAAGAGCACCGGCUUCUCCCACACCCACAGCACCAGGACCCUUACUUACUUUAGGCCAUAUCUACUGCGCUUCCUUCAUCCUCCCCACGAGGAUGGCUUCCAUUUCCACUUGGUAUCAUAAUCAAUAUUCUACUUGGAAUCGCACUCGUCGUCUACACGCUACUCCUUUCCUAGCUCGCACGGAUACCCACACAUCUCGCACUGCUACCUCCAUGGCUCGUACAAAUACGCAGGAUGCCGUCAUAAUCAAUAUGGAUGAUAGCACAUCCAAGAAGGAGAAGAAACAGGAGACCCUCUUUGGGCCUAACAUCGGUGUUGUCAGCUCCACGCCCCAGUGGGCUCAGUCCAUGGGGCAAAAGGUUCCCGCAGAUAAUGUUUCUUCGCACAUCAUUCAGAACUGGAUCGCAAGGAGCAAAGAGCCUUCGCAACCAACAACUACUCUUCAGGCGUUGGUUAAUCUCAAACGGCCGACCCUCCGUUUGUGUCCUCUGACUAUCUCACCAGGAGAUGAUCCGGAACAGGUCGAUUCUCACCACCACCAUGGUUUGGAAUUCGAAUACGAUUGCGAUGCACCCAAGUGUCGCAUAAAUGUCAAUGUGGUGGUGCCUGCAGAUCACCCCUGUGCAGAGACCAUCGAUAAUACAGGCUAUUCGUGCAUCUCUGUUUUCGAAUCCGUCAUUGAUGGUGGUUUUGGAAAAAUGCUGCAGCUAGAAGAAGGUGCAACCCUCGAAUUAGGAAGGUUUGAGCAAAAGCAGACUGAGGCAGAGAAUGUCUCUUCCCAGGCUACUGGAGCUCCUGAGUCAUCUGGAGCAGAUGUCAAUGACUCCGCCCCUGCUGGCAGCAGAAAUGACCGCGCCCGGAAACGCUUCACAGGAUUUCAUUUCCGGAAGCGCUCCGCUGACAGGUCUGUGUCAGGACCUGCACUUGCCGUCGUCGAUGCAGAAGCAUCUGCACCCACCGUUGAAGGAAGUGUUGAGAAGGAAGAUAAAGAGGACACGAAAGACGGUGUCCGAGUUACUAUCCGCUUAUCGGCGUUGGACGAGGAUGGUAUCGACCUGUCUCUCGCCAAUGAGCAGGUAACAUACCUUCAUGUCGUCCGUUUUGGCGCUGCCCCACCCGAGAACGAAGAAGACUCUAGGCCUUGGGUCGUCAGGGUCGUGAAACGUGAAGCCACAAUCGGACCUCACACAUUCCACUUGCACGAGAUCUAUGGUCUUUCCUCUCAGUCCACCUCACCCCCAUCCUCUCAACCUCAGGCAGCCUCUCCCACAACGGAUGCACACACUUACCCGCCUACAUCUGCACCGGCAGCGCCUGUGCACGAGGAUGAGCCAUCGUCCGAGUGUUUACUCUGUCUUUCUUCCCCGCGUGAAGUCAUCCUACUUCCUUGCCGCCACCUCGUCGCAUGCAAGGAAUGUGCCAUCAACAUGGUCGAAUUCGGCGCAGGGGGUAACAUCGUCCACUCUGAAGACACCACAGCCACAACCACAGGCUCAGAUCGUGGCGAGGGUGCCGCCACAGAAGGUUCAGCUCCACCGCCCAUCACCAUCCCCCAGAACAUACGGAGAAAACGAAAGGCAAAAGGCUGGUUCUGCCCCGUCUGUCGUCAACCUUACACCUCGCUCUUGCGCAUUUCAACGGCGCCUCCAACAAAGGACAUAUCCGACGACGAGCACCGUGCUUCGGCGUCCAUCGAUGAGCACGAGCAUGAGGACGACGAGCACGAACGUGAGCAUGAGCAUGAAGACGAGCACGACGACGACCCGCUGUCCACACGACCAGUACCUGGCGGUAUGUUCAAUAGCAUCCGCUCAAGCUUCAUGCGCCGGAACACGACGCGCUCUGACGGCGGGCACACCGCCGAGGCUACAGAAGCCGAGCGUCCCCCCACAGAGGUGCCUGUGGGCAUCGUUUAGGGGUCGACGGCUCGUCGCUGUUCCGGUGUUGUCUGUGACGUCUAGGCGUAUGUCGGACGAUGUAGUACUUUAUUAUGGUUUCGGUCGUGUUGUGACUGACUAGCUGUUUUUGAACACUGAAAUAUGUUGUUUUCGUACUGAUUACUCUGGUAUAGUUUAUGUGUAGUUUCGUUCGACUCUAGGAUCUUUGUUGUACCGAUACCUAUCCGCGUGCUCUAAAUUAUCGGAUUAAACUGUCAAACAUGCC